CGCGAUAUCCACCACCUUCCUUCAAACAUCAUCAUUGUCAUCGUUGCCAUCAUCGCCGUCAUCGCCAUCAUCAACUUCCAACCUAUUGUACCUACGGCUCUCUUGUCGAGACGUUGACCGUCGACAUUGGAUUCUUGUGCACGCACCUGGCCGCCUUCUGAUCCCCUCAUUGUCGCUCGUCCUUCGCCUCUUCUAGAACGACUGGCGACUCGUCUCACAGCACAUUGAGCCAAUAUGGGUCAAAAUCAGUCUGGCAUGAAUCCUGGCCAGGAUGGCAGAGAUGACAAGGACAAGAAGAAGGAGAAGCCCAAGUACGAGCCCCCGCCGCGACCGACCACCCGCAUUGGCCGUAAGAAGAGAAAGGCCGCCGGAACCUCUGCUGCCGCCAAACUCCCCACCGUCUACCCGACCAGUCGAUGUAAGCUUCGCCUACUCCGAAUGCAGCGCAUCCACGAUCAUCUUUUGCUGGAAGAGGAAUUUGUCGAGAACCAGGAGCGUCUACGCAAGGCCAAGGCCGCAAAGGACAACACAGGCCCUGCUCCCGACCCCGAGGCAGCUGAUCGUAUGGCUGACGAACGAGGACGCGUUGAUGACAUGCGCGGCAGCCCCAUGGGCGUUGGCACCCUCGAAGAGAUGAUUGACGACGACCACGCCAUUGUCUCUAGCACCACCGGUCCCGAAUACUAUGUUAGUAUCAUGAGUUUCGUGGACAAAGACCUGCUAGAACCCGGCGCUUCCGUCUUGCUGCACCAUAAGAGUGUCUCCAUCGUUGGAGUACUCACGGAUGAUACAGAUCCCGCUGUCAACGUUAUGAAGCUAGACAAGGCUCCGACCGAGUCAUAUGCCGAUAUUGGUGGCCUGGAAUCACAAAUCCAGGAAGUUAGAGAAUCCGUCGAGCUGCCCCUACUGCACCCUGAGCUAUACGAGGAGAUGGGUAUCAAGCCGCCCAAAGGUGUCAUUCUCUACGGUGCCCCUGGUACAGGAAAGACGUUGCUGGCCAAGGCCGUCGCCAACCAGACAUCAGCUACCUUCUUGCGCAUUGUCGGCAGUGAGCUGAUUCAGAAAUACCUGGGCGAUGGGCCUCGUUUAGUCCGCCAGCUGUUCCAGGUUGCUGCUGAGAACGCCCCCUCUAUUGUGUUCAUUGAUGAGAUCGAUGCCAUUGGCACAAAGCGAUAUGAUUCUACAUCUGGUGGCGAGCGAGAAGUACAGAGAACCAUGUUAGAGCUCCUCAACCAGCUGGAUGGUUUCGAUGAUCGAGGUGACGUCAAGGUUAUUAUGGCUACCAACAAGAUCGAGACCUUGGAUCCGGCUCUGAUCCGGCCGGGUCGUAUUGACCGCAAGAUCCUCUUUGAAAAUCCCGACCAGAAUACCAAGCGCAAGAUUUUCAACCUUCACACGAGUAAGAUGAGCCUCAACGAGGACGUGGACCUCGACGAGUUCAUCAGCCAGAAGGAUGACCUGUCGGGCGCUGAUAUCAAGGCCAUCUGCUCCGAGGCUGGUCUCAUGGCGCUUCGUGAGCGUCGCAUGCGAGUCCAGAUGGCUGACUUCCGCGCCGCGAGAGAAAGAGUGCUGCGUACGAAGCAGGAGGGUGAGCCUGAGGGCUUGUACUUGUAGUGGGUGGGCGAGUAGGUGUACAUUACGAGCAUUCAUCACAAAGCGCGAAGAUAUCAAUUUGCGCGAAAGCAUGUAGCAGAUAAUAGAAGCAUACAGUGAUAAAAGACCGUGGUUGAUGUGACACACUAUCGAGCAGGUUUCUACCAUGUUAUAUCUGAUUGCUGGUGAUGAGCGUUCAGGCAUGAUAGUCAAGGCUUUGAAGCACAAACUCGUAUGCGCAACUUUUGCCUCCAAAUGUCUUGCGAUGCCCUUUGCGUCCUUAUUUGUCAGGCCACAAAGACCGCAAAAAACUAAU